AUGUGGUUAAGUGACAUUGCACUGAGGUCACCAGGUACUCGUUUCAUUCAUAUUUCUCAGUUCACACCGUUUGUAUCCACAAACUUCAUUGGAACGGAAGGAAAAGAGCGGCCGCUAUUUGAUGUCGGAGGACCUUCAGCAUUCCAAUUCAAAAAGUAA